UGCUUAAAUUUAAUAAUUACAUAUUCACUUGUUUCUAUAUUUCCUUUUAUUUUUACCCGACGGGUGUAAUGUAAUGUCUCAUAAACCCAGCGGCCCUCACUCAAAACCUUUAUAAGGGUUUAUCAAUGAAUGUCAACUGAGGCACAUCUUGCCAUAUUACGAAAGGGUUUUAAGAUGGAGCAUAGUAAGAAGCAGGAGGUUUCUAGUGUAUAUUGUGACCGAUUCCCUCGUUUAUCUGCAAAAUAUCCAUGGUUUGUCGUUCAGAACAUGGAAGAUGACAUGGAUGUCCACAUUUUCUCCACAUUAGAAAACCCGUUGUUUAAAUAUCAUUGUCGAAUCCCUGACCUGAUCGGGAAACGUAUUUGGAGAUGUUUCCAUGGCUGGUCGGUUCUCUCCAACUAUCCUCACAACACUAUGUGGUCUUUGUAUAACCCAUCCACUUGUAAUGUCGUAUCCCUACCUCCCCUGAUUCUGAAAGACCGAGAUUAUCAAUCUAUCAGGGAAUGCUGUUUGUCAGCCCCGCCUAAUGAUCCCAAUUCAGUUUUCUUGUUAACAAUAGCAAAUAAGCCUACCUUUGUUUUCUGUCUGCUAUCACCUAAAAGAAAGAAAAGCGCAAGAAAGAAGCCAAGGUGGACUGAGAUGUCGUACUCUAAUCAACUUAAGAAAUUCACCUUGGAUGGUGAAUUAGUACAUAGCCUUACGUGUUGCAAUGGUAAAGUAUAUGCCCUAAAUACCGACUGUGCUAUUUCUGAGCUUUUUGUACAGGUUGAUAUUGUAGUUAAUGAUAGCGAAGUUGUGAUAAAGCUACUGUUCUUUGGACCAUGCCCUUUUGUUUCUUCCCAUCGAUGUAAAAAGUGGAUUCAUUUCCUGAAAGGAUCAUGUUCGGAAUUAUUCUACAUUAGAGUAGGUUUUCUUGACGAAAAUAAGAAAACACCUGGUGAUGUGUAUUUGUUUAGAUUGGACCUGACUAGAAUAAACUGGGAAGACUUAGAAGGCCUCAAGAAUUGGGACAUGACUGGUAUGACGCAUGAUGAUUUGAAUGAUUUGGAAUCUGACGACUUCAAUGACCUGGACACUGCUAGAUUAAUGUGGGAUGAAGUGCAAGACCUUAAAGGCUCCAAUUUUUUUGUGGAUCUUGGUUGUGAUAACUCGAUAUUUUACACCCCUACAAUUGGCUCAGAAUUUGGGGAUUUUGUAUACAUUCGUGAUAAAAUGGACAAUGUAAUAUAUUCAUAUAACGUCAACUAUCAAACCAUCAUUCUAUGUCCUAUACCUUCUCCAUCGCUCCCAACAAGCCAUGUGUUGUUAUGGGAAUGCAGUUUACCGGAGGACAAAGAAGAAGACAAAUCUAUGGUUGAUAAUAAAAAAGAUGAAGAUGCAAUAGUGGUAAGAUCUGUUACUAAUGGCCCCAUUGGAACUGAUGAAUCAGGCCUUCUUAGUGUCCCGUUUGAUGUUUUGGUGAUGCUCAUGGAGUUUUGUGUUGGUGUAGAAUACAUGAACUUCCGUGCUACAUGCAAACGUUGUCAUCUCGCAGCGCCUCUGAAGCUAUGGAGAAACAAAACGGCAUUAAGGAGCCUGCAAAGUUAUUCUUUAGUUUCCCCGUGGCUGAUGGCUUUGCAAAAACAUCGAGGGGUUAUCGCUUUUAAAGAUCCAAUGUUGGGUGAUGACUACUAUAUGAAGAAUUCAGAGAUAUCGGUUUUAAAUGAGACAAUAUAUUGUUCCCGGUUUGGUUGGUUGGUUGUUUGAAAUCGGAGACUUAUUUAUAGUGUUCUUUAACCCUUUCACAAAUGAUCUUUGCGAUCUUCCAAAUCCAGGUUUCCAUCUUGAAAGCUUAUGCUUUUCAGCCCCGCCUACUUCCCCUGAUUGUAUUGUGGUUGGAUUUGAUCAUAUACCUGAAUGGGACGUUUACAUUCUAUUCCUAGCUCAGGAACCAACCUGCUGGCGUAGGUUUCAUUUAGGCCCUGAUCCACUUUCUCUUUGUUUUCCAACAUUAUCCGGCCGUGAUCUUUAUGCCUUGUCUAACAACAGAGAACUCGUCGUUUUCAAAAAUUUGGGUGAAGAAGAUGUUGCUUGGAAGAUUUUUGAAGCCAAAGUACCGACAAGUUCUUGCAGAUCUGAGGUACAGUAUUACUUGGUAAAAUGUGAUGAACAUCUAUUACUAGUCAUUAUGGGUGCGAUUGGAGAACCCAUUGAGAUAUUCAAACCUAACGACUCUACACAAGAAUGGGAAAAAAUAAAUGGUAUUGGAAAGCACAUGAUUUAUAUUUGUGAUACGACAUGUCUAUGCAUAGAAGCCAAAACUCAAGAAAUGGAGAAUAAGAUCUACCUUCCUAAACUAUGUUUAACAAACGGCAAGAUUGUCUUCUAUUCGCUGGAAACAUGCACGUUUCACACUUUUAAUGGCAAAAACAUCCAAGAAAAUGCAAGUGAUGUCUCAAAUGUUGCACAUCUUUCUGCUCAUGCAUGGGUUCAACCAAGUUGGUUUUGCUGAUUUUGCUAUUUGCAGUUUACUUCUUUUUAUAUCUUAGACUUUGUUCUUUGUGCCAGUGUGGGGUUAAAGCCACUUGGUAGAGAUGCCUCAAGUCAAUGGUUCAAUCUAAUGUAUAUAAUGCGUAUCGGGUAAUCUAGGCAUAGGAGUAUAAAUAAUGUAACGGUUAGCCGUUCAAAAGUAAGACCUGGAUAUCAUAAUUAUAUUUAUUAGUAAUAAACCUAUGGGACAUGUUAAACCUUUAGCACUCCCUUAGUUUUGUUUGAUACAUCUUCAUAUAUGGAACUACUUUUUAAUA